CCGAGCGAUGCUGGCUGGCGCCCCGGAGCCCGCAGCAGCGCGCCGAGAUGGGCAACUCCCCGCCGGUGAUGCUGGGCAAAGCGCCCCGCAGCAAACGACCCCCGCGCCCCGCCGCCGUCGCCCCCGCCUCCUCCUCCGCAGCCGUCGGGCAUCCGGCAACAGUGCAAGAAGCAGAUCCCGUCCAGAGCCACGCUAGGAGUGCUUCGCACGCGAGGAAACUCCUAGGAAACACCACCUCUAACUUAGACUUGGAAGUCAAGAAGCCGACACCUCCCAAACUGCUGUGGCAUCAGCCUGUGAACAUAUUCUUGGCUCGGCCCGUUGGCGUGGAGGAACUUCACCACGAGGCUGAACUCAACCUCCAGAGUUUGCUCCAAGAAGAGUAUGAAGAACCUUACUCAGACGGCAAGAUCAGUGGCCAGACCUUCCGCUAUGCUAGCCCCCUCGCUGCAGACAGACCUCUUGACUGUAGCCCCCGGCCACCACACUCUAAACGCCGGGAGUUUGUGUUUAUGCCUGCAAACCAGCAAGUGAAGGAGAGCGAGACAACCACACUCGGGGUGAGAGCGCUGGAGCCUUCAUUCAGCCUGCCUGCCACUCCGGACAAGCACACGGCCUGGACCCGAGGCGGCCCUCUGCCUUCCCUGGAGGAGAAGAGGUUGCACCAGCCCUGUCCGCCCCAAGCAAACAUCAUCCCCAUCAACGUCUCUGGGCAGCCAUUUGCUAGGCACGCCAGUACGCGCCACUCCCUCUUUAACACAGAGACCGCCAUGAAUCCCAAGUCCUUGCUGCGCCGGAGACGGACGGUUAUCGGCUUCCCUCACCUCUCUCUGCGGGACCCAGGAAACAGCAACGGCCCCAUCCUCAACCCUCCCGCAACUAUAGCAGAAUCUGUCUCUUGCAACUUUGUCCCUGACGUGGCCAAUGGGAGGAGCUCCAUCCAUCCGGUUCGGUCCCCGCAUCCUCGGCCGCAACUGAGGAAGACCUUUAGUGACCUUGGAGGAGCUCUGCAGGGAAGGUGUUGCCAGCUGCCAGCCGGGCAUCCUGAGAAGCAGCAGGCGAUGAUGUAUGCCAGCCCAUCUUGCAACGGCCCUAAAGAGGACUCUGCUUUCUCUCCCGCUUGGAGUGCGGCGUCUUUCGGCUACGGGAGCUCUUCGAUGAGCCAGAGCGAGCUGACGGGAGACAGCACCGUCCCCUCAUCUCCCUGCGCCCCGGGGGCGACUCCCGAAUCGGAACGGCCAGCCUCCUUUUUCAUCAGCAAAGACAAUGCAGUCGGAAACAACGGCUCAGGGUCCUUCUGUGCUUCUCCCAAGUCCCUGGGGGAUGCUGAAGGCGGCUCAAGGGGGACCAAGGUGCAUUUGAUCCUGAGUCCUGGCGAAGAGGAGUGCCCUCGAGUGGAGAGGGAAAGGCUCUCCUGCAAAUUCCGGGAGAGAUCGCUCUCCGUCCCGACAGACACCGCCUCCCUCUGCUCCGUGGAGAUUGGCGGCAGCGAGACCUGUGGCCUGAGCUACCCCAGUGCCAGCUCCGAGGGAAGCACCAGCACGGACAACGUCUCGCUGGCAGUGGACCAAGAUGCUCAGACCCGGCAACGGCGGCAGCGCAUGAAGAGCAUCUCUCUCAAGAAGGCCAAAAAGAAGCCCUGCCCACCGACCCGCAGUGUGUCUUUGAUCAAGGACUUGUCCAAAGGAGGGCCUGCUGACGAGGUGGCGGCUCAGGAUCAGAGACCCCAAAGCCUCUGUUUGCUGUCAGAGGCGCACGCCCAACAGGAUACAAGCGGAGGUGGGGAGAACAUGCCCUACACCCCGCAGUGGUACUUGCCGGAGUGGAAUUCGUGCGACCCUUAUUGCUCCUUGUCCGGCUCCAGCACUGCUACUGGGACCACCGUGAUCGACCUCUCCAAGACCCGUGGCAGUUCUGAGUCUCUCCCCUCCCCCUCCAUCUCCCGAGCCACGACACCUUCCCAUCUCUCUGCUGAGGUGAAUUUGAAAAUCUCCUCCCCGGGGAGGUUUGCGGGGGUGAUGUCGCCCUCUAGUGGCUACUCCAGCCAGUCAGAAACGCCGACCCCCACCAUCCCGGCGUCUACGGUCCUGGGACACGCCCCACACCACACCGGGAGGGCCAGGCCUCUGGUGCCGGAGAGGAAGUCGUCGCUGCCCCCCAUCUCCCCCAUGGAGCGGAGUCCCAAGUCGCGGAUGUCGUUUGACCUUCCCUUCCCCCCGCCAACCCACCUGGACCUCUCCGGGCUGAAGAUCUCCAAGGGCAAAGCCAAGGUGAGCCGACACCACUCAGACUGCACGUUCGGCAUCAAGCUCGUCCCGAAGCUGAGCCCCGUGCAGCCGGUCAUGCCCAUGGUGACACAGCUGGACCUGCAGUCCGUCCGCUUGCGCUCGAUUAGCCGUUCGGAGACCGAGGACAACCUGGACAGCCCUGAGCUCGUGGAGGAGCAUGGCAAGAAAAUCCGGCCGCCAGUUGCGGAGAAGCCCCCGCUUUCCAAGAGGCCACCAAUGCUCUUGCACAAAACCCCACCAGUUCAGGAGGAGUCUCCCGUCAGCUCCCCAACAUCUCCGUUGACACCCCAGGGUCCGAACCCCAUCGAGAGUGUUUAUGUGAUGGCCAGGAAGCCAGAGCAUCAAUGGAACACCGAGCCCUGGAGCCCUGUGGAGUCGGCCUCGUCUGUGGUAGUGCUCUCCCCGACACAGGGCUCUUCAGGGACAUUUUUCACUGCCGCCCAACGUCUCUCCCAGGAGAGCUUGGAGGAGGAGGAGGAGCUGAAGCAGAAGCUACCUGCCGAGAGAACACCUGGGGGAGAGAAUCGGAAAACCAAAGUCCCACCCCCUGUCCCCAAAAAGCCCAGUGUCCUCUACUUGCCAUUGGCUCCCUCUCCGCUCCAUCAGGGUACCUCUCUUGGGGAUCCAAGACUGGCCACCGGCUCUGUCAUUAUGUUGGAUGAGAACUCUGCGUACUCCGAGCUGCCUGCUUACAAACUGCCAUCGCCUGUGGCCAGUGAGACUCACCUGAGCCCAGUGUCUGCAGAUGAGUCUUGGGGAGAGAUUUCAGGGAAUUUUGUGGACUUGAAGUCUGCAGAUAAAGGCUUUGGAAGUGACAAAACAGCCGCAUCAAUAACUGAGGAAGACGACGACGUGUUUGUGACUUCCCGGACCACAGAAGAUUUAUUUACUGUCAUUCACAGAUCCAAACGGAAGCUCCUGGGCUGGAAGGAACCUAGUGAUGCUUUCGGGCACCGGAAUUCCCAAGUGCCCUCAAAGAACCCAGGGGGGCUGCUCAGCAACGACUGCCCUCCGAUGGGCAGCAUAAGAACCUCCAACAGGAACGAAGACUUUAAGGCCCUCCUCCAGAAGAAAGGGGGCAAGGGAGCCUCUGGCAUCCGCACGUCUGCAGCCGAACUUCUCAAGACCACCAACCCACUGGCUCGGAGGGUCAUGACCGAGUUUGCUGUGGACGGGACGAUCCCGGGCCAGAAGGCCACGCCCUGAUUGUGUUUGAGAAAGCCCCGCCUCUUUGUGCUAUGCCCCAGCCUAUCCCUGGGGAGAUCUGCUUGUCUAACGGUCAGGGUGAGCCUGCUUCCGCUGGCGUUUUCAGCAUCGUUGUUGAUAUAUUGGCAGUGGCAAACUCUUUUCUGGUUUUUCACCGGGGGACUUCUGAUUUCAAGAGAAGUGUCUUAAAUGUUGAGCACAUCCGUCUCCUAUGGAAUGAGCUACGCAUGGUUGCUGUUAUGAGAAGAAGGCUUAAUUUCCUUUCCCAGGUUGGACAGAGGGCCUACAUAGAUGCUCCUAGACAGGGCUAUCAUGGGUUGGUGUACAGCUUCCCCAGUUGCACGAGGGAAGCAAUGCCUCCUCGUUCUUUCUCCAGGUGUAAAAAUGGGGCGGGGGGGCACCCUGUUUUGAUUUUCUGUCUGCGGCAAAGCUAGCUUGAAACUGUUCAGUUUCUUUUUUAGCAUGUGGUACUUUUAGUGGCUUGUAGGAUACAAUAAUAUGGCUGUCGUGGCUUUUGAAAAAAACAAAAGGAAGUGUCUCCUUCCACAAUGUGACCUUGUUACCUGAAGGAGGAGAGAGCAAGCUAGAAAUCAGGUGCUGUUCAAAAGAUGCUCUUGGACUGCAAAGUCGGCGCCCGAUGCUCUUCCAGGUCUCCAUGGAAGAUACAUAGCAUAUUCCUGAUCUGCUCCCAGUACAGCCGGAAGGGAUUAGCAAAACCUCAAGGUGUUAUCCGUGAACCAAAAAAAUUGGAUGCCCUAACCGGAAGCCCACCUUAUGCUGCAGGCCUGAUGUCAGCUUCCAGCCCAGAAAGGGAAUAGACACAAAUGCUGUCCCUGCCGCUUGUGGGGCGGAGAAAAUGCACCGUGUGUCCUCUUUGCAGAAGAGCCCAGUGGGGGGAACUUGGUCAAUGAUAGACCUGCUGCUAAAGAGGGGUGCCAUUCUAGGAGAUUUCUGGUGGAGCUAAUGUCUUUAAACAGUGCGAGGCUCCGGUGGUAGGAACUGUUGCAUCUUGGCAGGGUACCUCUCCUUUGAGGUUUGUUACAGAUGUUCUUCAGAUGGCAGCGUAGGAUAGAUGUGACAGCUGAGAGCGCUUUGGCCCUUUCGUCUUGAGUGGGGAGAAGCCAAAGUCUCCGGAGUCCUGCCUCAAACCACAGGGCGGAGGGAACUCUCUCUGUCCACCUUAGCAGUACCACGCGUGGGCCCACCAAGCAGUUCUGAGGACCAUCUGUUACUGGCACACUGCAGACCCUAGAACAGUGGUGGCGAACC